GCCUUUGCCCAGCCGGAGCGGACCAUCAUUGAGAUGUCCUUCUCUCCUCUCCUCUUCAUUCGUGGUUAGCUCCUCGUCGAGGGCGAACGUGCCGAGAGCUGCUCUCCGCUCGGUCCGGCCCGCUGCCCCGUCCGGCGCUGUCUGCCCGCGCCAGCCCUGCUGCAGUGCCUGUGCCCACCUGUCAAAGUGCGAACCGAGCCCGGCCCCCGGAGUGCCUGCGUGCGUGCGUGCCUGCGUGCGCGAGUGUGUGUUUGUGCGUGUUCGAGUGUGGUUCCCGUGUUUGUCUUGGCUAGUGCCAGCGUGCGUGUGAGCUCUUGGACACUUACCUGGACCCCGCCGGUCCGGGUCACAUUAGUGCGGUCGAGUGUGCGCCGUAAUGUUGGUGACCGGGAUGGAGUUGGCCCUAGUGGUGCUCGUGUUGACGUGGACCGUCCCCGUCCCCUCGCACGGCUCGCCUGCCGAGUCUGCCACAACGGCCAGUUUCUGGUCCUCCAACAUCAACAGCAUGUUCAGCGGCGAGAACUCGUGGGCGACGUCGGCCCUGAACGAGCACCUCGCGGCCGGGGCGCAGCUCGCCCUGGACCACUGUCAGGAGCAGUUCAAGUGGGACCGCUGGAACUGCCCGAAGAGCGCAUUCUCCAGAAGAGGGUUCAAGCCAGCCAACCAGGAGACCGCCUUCGUGCUGGCUGCCACCUCCGCCGGCGUGGUGCACGCCGUGACCAGGUCGUGCUCCGCGGGCAACCUCCCGGACUGCGGCUGCCGCAUGCCCGGCUCCUCGUCCGCCCUGGGUGACGGAGACAGCGAAGAGCCCAGCCUGAGCGACCUGAAGACUGCGCAGCAGGUGCUCACAAACAACCCAUCCGGAGCGCGGCGCGCGGGCUCCACGUCGGACCAGGAUGGCGACAAGAACGACGUCAACAGUCGUGGUGUCGGCAAAAAGAAGUGGGUGUGGUCCGGCUGCAGCGACCACGUGGCCUACGGCGAGUCCGUCGCCGCCAAGUUCCUGGACUCUCUCGUGCGGAAGGGCAACGAUGCCUGGGCCUACACUUCGCUGCACAACAACCGCGCCGGCCGACUGGCGGUUCGCGACUCACUGCAGAAGCACUGCAAGUGCCACGGGGUGUCCGGGUCCUGCUCGCUGCAGACGUGCUGGAUGGCGGUGCCGAGCUUCUCGCGCGUGGCGUCCGCGCUCCGGAGGCAGUACGACCACGCCGUGCGCAUCGACUUCGAGGCCGGGCACGGUAAGCUCGUGCUGGGCAACUCUGCGUCCGGGCUGGUGCAGCGCAGCGCCCCCGCCGUGCCGCCGGAGAAGCUCGUCUUCUUGGAGGAGUCGCCCGACUACUGCAAAGUCAACAACACCACAGGUUGGACGGGCACCAAGGGCCGCACCUGCUCGCGCAACCGCGGCGAGGGCGUGGGCCGGUCGGAGCGGCGCUCGUGCAAGGAGCUGUGCCGGGCGUGCGGCCACCGCGUGCGCAGGCAGACGCGACAGGUCAGCCGCCACUGCCAGUGCAGCUUCCAGUGGUGCUGCCAGGUCAAGUGCAAGACGUGCGUGGAGACCGUCAAGGAGCACUUCUGCGGCUAGCGGGGAGACGCGCGCGCCGGCGCGCGCACCCCGCAUACCCGCGACUACAGCACGCGUCGGCCCAGGUCUGUGUCCAUGGGAGACCUGCGCGGACGGCGUCGUCAGGGGGGCGUUGACGGCCUGCAGGAUGUUAGCGACUCGAUGACAACGUCCGCCAGGUCUGCGCUACAGCGGACCCGGGGAGGACACCGUCUGUCGUGUCGCGACCGACAGGGAUUGCAGCUGCGCAUCGCGUUUGGCGACAACCACCCUCCGGUGGCCUCGAUAUUCUAGUCUCUUUGCUCUCUCGCUACACCUCUUCCCCAUGACUGCUGAGGCGCCUAGCACGCGCUCCAAGGGGAAGGGAAAAGUCAUCCGUCUGAAUCCCACGAUCAAGAUGAGAUUUUGUUUACACCGAUUGACAUAGGAUAAGGCUUUCAACGACAUGCAUUCCAAUCUUAGUUUUAUCCUUUAUUAUAAUUUAUAAUCUAUUUAUUUGACAGCAUUGAAUUAAUGGUUUACGCCCAAUUAGUGACCAUUUGUUGUGUUAAUGGACCUUUGGAAGUCUAUUUUCAGAACUUCACUUGAUCUCGAAUCUCGUAUGUUUUAUUUAGAUUUAUUUUAAUGAUUACAAUUGAUACAUGGAUUUGCCUCCCUCGAGAGGCUGUGGUUUUAUUUAUUAUGUAUUACUAGACUGACACCUAGGAAUGUAGUGUCUUUGUCAGAUAGUACAAUCAAGAUACCAAAUCAGUAUUUUAUAUAGUGAUAUGUGUUGUUAUUAUAUACGUAUUGUAUAUAAAUAUUUCUGUAUAUUGACAUUUUGUUAAUUUAUAAAUAAUUUUUAUCUGUGUAAUUGCUCAAUUUUGAUGGAAGAAUGUAAAUACACAUAAUUCUCAAUGUAAA